UAUUUGUUGUGUUUUGUUUGAUUAACUUAUAUUAUUAUUAAAUUGAAGAACUUACCUUUAGUUGGUUAUGUUUGGAUUUUGUUAAACAACACUGUGGUAAAUUUAACGUCAAAUAAAUGAUUAUGGAAAGCCCUGUUGUAAAUAAAAAUUUGAAACGUAAACGUUUAUCAUCAUCAUUCCCAGAAUCUAUUAAAUCACAAAAUUUGCCCGAUUUUAUCCAGGGAACAUCACUUUUCAUACAGAAAAUAGGACAGAAAAAUGACCAAGAGGGAGUACUCACUCCUCCGAGAGCUAUUAAGAUGCUGGUUCGAGGGCUUGGCUCAAGCAACACUCAAGUACAGAAGAACUACUUUGCAGCCCUUGUAGCACUUCUGAAGUCACACAGCUCCUCACCGGAGUUCACUGUAGAAUCUGUCCUGGAUGCAAUCACAUCCGAACUUCAUGCUACAGGGCACAUAAAGAAAGGGGAGGAACGAGAAAUAUUGUUGGGUAGAGUUUUAUCAUUUGGUGUUCUGGUACGCUCACAAAUCAUUCAUCAAGCUUCUAAAGAUGAUCAAGCGACAUUAUUGAAACAAUUCUUUCAAGAUAUGAAGGAGAAAUCGUACUUGCCUCUACUUGGGGAUCCAUUCCUCAUUGAUUAUCUAAAACAGGUGGAUCAAAAACUCUUUGUAUCGACAGUUUGGCCGUUGCUGUCCCUAGAAGUGCGACCUGGGCCGGACCAGCCUCUAUUGCUGUAUCACUGUUUGCUUGUUUGUGAGGAGCGUUUUCCGUCCGUAGUCAACACAAAGUACCUCAACAAAACUCUGAACUCAGCCACUGUUCUCAGUCAAAAAACAGUUCAUGGCUUAUUGGAAGGGUUGAAGAGCGAGUUCUGGCUGAAAAAUUUAGACCACCCUGCAUAUCUGGACAUUUUCAAGUAUAUUGUAUCUUCUGGAGAUAUUUUGACCAGUUUUUGGGAAGAAAUUGAGAAAGAACUCCUUGUAGAAACCGCAUCAGGCUACAACAAGCCAAUUGCAGCAAUCAAGAUUUUUAGUACAUUGGUCGCUCAAUUGCAAGAUGCUUCUCAGGUUCUUCCCUUGUUGACACCCAAACUUCUGGGUUGGUUCAUGAAAAAGUUCCGAUCUACAGGAUUGCGGUUGAAACACCUUCACAAGGUCAUCAAAGAUGCACUAAACAAUCUCAUGACCCUCUGCAGCAAGAGCAAGUCCUCCAAGACGUCGUACGCUGUUCUGAAGAAGGUCAUAUUCAACCCCGGAAGCCUUCUGUUUGACCAACUGUCAGGUACAAAGGUUGUUGCACAGCUGGUUGGCCAGCUGAAGGAGAAACAAAUACAGAAGUUGGUUGAGGUUUUGAGGGACGUGAUCACAGGCUCGAGGAUGGCUGUGGAGUAUAAAGGGAAGGACGAGACUACAAGAGCAUGGACCAACAAGGAAAAGCUGUAUACUGUCCAUCUUCUCUGUAGACUUAUUUACAACCCAUCAAUGCAGAAUAAUCUUGCUUGGAGACUGGAACAGCUGACAUUCUUGUUUGACAUGGGUUUCUUCCCAACAUUCAAUAUUGGUGUGGAAUUAGCUGGCUCCAUAAGAGAAAGCUUCUUCAACAGCUUCAACCAGAAAUGUUCAAACAUUGACGACUUCCAACAGAUUUUAUCUGGAGUUGUAGAACACAUCAACAAACGUCUCAGCAAAGGAGAUCAGCUUAGGAUAAAAGUCCCGGCUGAGGUUUUACCAGCAUGGAACAAAAUGUACUCAGUCGCCAAACAACUUGAAAGCAAAAAACACAAGAAAGAUAAGUUGUGGCUACCAAAGGUGUUUCAAACUAUGUUCUUCCACAUCGGGCUUCAUCUGUUUAAAGAGGCUUCAUUUGCUAAGGACGUUCUUGAGGAGUUGCACAGUGUGUAUGCCCGUGUGGACAAGACAUCCCAGACUGAAGAAGAACCUCACUGGACAGAGGUGGUGAUGGAGAUGUUUCUGUCGCUUUUGUCUCGUAACAGCCAUCGACAUUUGCUGUCCUGUAUCUUCUCCACAUUCUGUCACAUCAUGACUCCGCAGAACAUCCAUCAGAUACUGCAGGUUCUGGACCCGGCCAACAACACCAACCCACUGUUGGACCAGCUCGAUUCAGAUUCAGAAAGUAGUGGGGAGGAAGAAGAAAGUGGGGAAGAAGAAGUGGAUGAUAAGGAGGAGGAGGAGAGCUCUGAUGAUGGGAUGACUGAUGGUGAUGAUGAUAUGGAGGAAGACAUGGAGGAAAAAGUUAACGACAAACUGAGAAGGGCUGUGAUAGAGGCUUUGGGUGACACUGGGGCAAUGACUGAUACGGAGUCUGUGGACUUGGACAACAUGGACGAAAAUGAAGCCAAGAGAGUUGAUAGAGCUCUAAGCGCAGCUUUUCAAGCGUUCAAGCCAUCUAAGAAGAAGAAAGAGUCCUCACAUAUUAAGGCUUUGGCCCACUUCAGAUCAAGAGUGUUAGACUUGAUAGAGAUUUGGAUGUUGAGGGUAGAGAAGCCUCCCCUGGACCUGACAGUGGAUGUGUUACUGAGGCUGAUGUCACUGUUGGAACACUCACUGGUGGACAAACAUCAGUCUCAGCUGGAGACUAGAGUCAGGUCUGUAAUAAAGAAGUUUACAGGAUCCAUGUCAAAAAAAUCCUUCGACAUUGAGGAUUGCAAAUCCCUUCAUUUGGGAAACAUUCUGAAGAGUCUUCUGGACAAGGGAGAACGAACGACAACAGUGUACAUGAGUGUUCACCAGGAGUUGAUUGACAUCACUAUGUUCAUAGUGAAAGUGUCACAACAGUUGCCCAGUGAAGAUGAUACCAACACUGAGGGUGAGGAGAACCCCUCGGUGUAUACUGUACUGAAGGAUGCAAUGAACAGCUACUUCACACAAAGGGACAAUCUGAUUCCAAUGAAACUGUUCGCUGGGCUGUUUUCUCUUAACAUACCUUUCCUCAGCCACUUGACAUCAAAACUCCCAGCGUACGCCUUCGACUCCAAUGUUCCCCCCUACAGACAAUCAAAGGCGGUAGAGUACCUAAUUUUGUUCUGGAAAAAUAAUCGCAUUGUCAAUGAACCAAGUGAGGAGCUUUUGGAAAGGCUGAAGAAGACGUCAAGAAAACUAUACAAGGCUUCAGUCAAGAUGAUUGAAGAACCUAAAGGCAGAGUUCAGGACAAGUUUUUGAACGAAUUGAAGACAGCAUUUAAGAUCAUUCAAAAGAAAAAUUGGUUAAGUGACAUAGAUCUGGAGCAGCAUAUGGAAAACCUCAAGGAAUUUCAUCAAGUCAUCAUAAAAACAAGGAAAAUAAACAGCCAAAAAACUGUACCUGCUGAUGAACCAAUGGAGGUUGAAAGUGAUAAGAAAAAUACGGAGGAUGAAUCUGAAGCAGAAUCAGAAGAUGAAAGUGAUGAUGACGAAGAUGAAUCUGACGGUGAAAAUGAUGAACCUGGAAAUAGUAAAGAAUCUGCUGAUGGCAAAGAGGUGAGCCAAGUAGCUAAGAAAAAGAUAAAUUCAGGUAAAGAAGAUGCUAAGGAAGACAGUGAAAAUGCAUCUGAAGAAGAAAGCGAAGAUGGAACAGAGGAAAGUGAAGAAAGUGAACAUGAAGAUGGGACUGAAGAAGAGAGUGAUGAUGAGUCAGCAGAGGACGAAGAAGAAGAAGAGGAAGAUAGUGAAGAAACCCUAAGUGAACCAGAAGAGCCGCCAACUAAAAAAGCUAAGAAAAAAGCCGACAAGAAGAAAAGUAGAGAAAAACUAAGACGCAUUCAGCUCUUGAAGAACAACUCAAAAAAGCUACGAAUGGAAUCAAUGUCUGAAGGAUUAAAUGAAAAUGUAUUUAGCCAAUAUAGACUUCUUCUUACUAAGAAAACUGCUUCACCUGAAAGAUAAAGUAGCAGCAAAAAUAUAUAGUUUGUAUAACUAAUAUUUUGAAAACUUGAUGAUUCACAUUUCGGAAGUUUUCUAAUUGGUUAGUUUACUUACCAUUGUUUAACGUCUUUGUUGUUUUUGAACUUUGAAAAACAGGUAAAAUGUCGUAAUGAGAUUAGUAGCGCUGUAUAUACUUUUUUUUAUUUAUGGAAAAUUGGAAAGUAAACUUAAUUUUGUCGUAGGCUAUAACGGUUUCUGUUUUCUGUGGUGUAUUUUAACAUGUUUGUUUAGCAUAUUAUAUUGUACUAUCAUAGCAAUAAAAAUAAGAACAGUGAAGAAUGUAAAUAAGAUCAAGACUUGUAUAUAUAUAAGUAAGUUUACUCAUGCAGAUACUUAUUUAACAUUUUAUGUUUUUAUUAACUUCUUUAUUAGCAUCGUAAUUGUUAUUAAGUUACCAGAAAGUACAAAAGAUAUGGCAAAUAACACUUGUAAUAAUAUAUGUACACUUGCUGAAGUGAAUUUGGUUAACAGUAUAAGUGUAAAUAUAUUAUUACAAGUGUUAUUUGACGUAUAUUUUUGUACUUUCAGGAAUUUUUAUUAAAUAACAUAAGCAUUACAAAAUAUGAACUUGAAUGGAUUCUAGAACAUUUCUGUGAGCAAUGAAAACCCCAAAUAACUUUAUUGUCAUUUUAAAUUACGUUGCCCUUAUUUUUUAUUUUUAGUACCACAAGCCAUGUCCCCUAUGGAUCUGAAAUUAAAUUCAAAGUCUACUGAUUUUUUCCAUGUUGGUAAAGGUAGCAUUUUGUCAUAGCUGGUUUUGCCAUGAAUAUGAAUGCACUAUGUUGAGUUUCAGUGCAUUAAAAAUAUUUGAUUUGAAUUUGAUUUAGAAUAUUGUUGUCUGUUGUAUACACUGUUAAAAAUCAUAUUAAGAGUAUGGUUGACAUUUUAUUGUUUUUUUUUCAAGUAGUUUAUUGGUAAGAGAUUACAUUUUAAAUUAAUAGACACAUUUUAUUCAUAUCCUGCCUUAGAACCAGAGUUAUUAAUUUAUCGUUAGCUUAGAACUAUAAUUAUGGAGAUUUUUUUACUGUUGUAUUUAUUUUACAUUGUCAUUUGAAUGUAAAAUUGUUUGUAAAUAAACUUAUUUUAAUAACUUAUUUGGUAUUUUACUCUAAAUCGUUUAGUACUGGUAACAUAAGAGUGGUAAAAGUGGACCAACUCAACACUGAAGUUUGCAAAUAUCACUUAUUAAAAAAUAUUAUAUGAUUGUCUUGCUUAGUUUAAGAAUUAACUCCUCCGGUACAAUCAACUAA